AUGGAACAUCCAGGUCCCAGCCUCAAUCAGGCACUCCGAGCGCCUAGACUACAAGAAGAGUUGCGGAAAGCACAAGCUCUCUGCCUAGAUCUGGACGAUUUCCGUCAGCUGCAGCCUGUAUGGGUCAAGGGGCGCAUGGAAGAGUCCGGUCCGGAGGAUGCCGAGAAGCGUUCGCUGAUAGCCACGGCCAUCUUCCUGGGCACAGCGCAGGCAUGCCUGAAGGGCUGCUACAUCUCAGAGACUGCCCAGAAGGUGGAGUGUGGACAUCUGGUCAGACCUAUAUCCUGCGUGCAUCCUCCAACGAGCAUGCCGUCUGCCAGCUUGCUAAAGGCAUCGGGCCAGACGCAGCAGCUCUCCGGCGCUCGUUGCUGUGAUCCGCUGGAUGUGGCUUUGCAGCUUGCAAAAUUGCCACACUGCCGGCGGGUAGCAGUCUUGAGAUGCACGCCGUUCGAAGCCCCUCGGAGCCUGCAGCGGAAGUACAGUCACAUUUACGAGGACCAAGUCUUCCUGCGGACAACCUACUUUGAGGCAUUUGAGCGUUUGGCGCGAGAUCUCCCCCUUCCGCCAGAUGAAGCGAUCAAGGAGGGCUGUAUUGUGUACACCUCGGGAGUUGGCGUUCUACGUGGUCCAUUGAAGGAUGGGGUGCCAUGGCUGGAGCAUCCUUUUCAGGUGGAUGUGGUUUGGUUUGGCUUGCCCGCCCACCCUGAGAUCGGAGAACAGGAAACUUAUGCCCGAGAAGAGGAUCGCAAACUGGUCAAAGCGGCUUUGGAUCGGGCAUUUUCAUGGGCUUGUGCCCAUGGUGCUGAUGCCAUUGUGAUGCCAGCAAUGAGCGGCUUGGGCAGUUUCCGACACCCGAGGCUUCACUUUGGGGGGCUGGUGCAUGAGGUUGCUCGCAUGCACCAGCGCCACCUCCCCAUCGUGUGCGUGGCUUCAGACGUUCCCGCUCAUCGAGGGGAAUGGUGGCCACCCUUCGAAGAAGCUGUGACGAAAGGGCGCCCGGUGCCUCCGCCCCUCGUGCACGUUCCACCGAUCCCAUUGAUGACUGACCGCUUGGUUGGCAAGGACACUUCAACCUUACUGGAAAAGCGCCGAAAGCAAUUGGGUGUUUGGUCCAUUCAUGGCCGACGGCUGAUAAGAUUCACAAGUCUUCACAAGUCUUUGUCAGCUGCAGCGACGAACAGCGAAGCUCGGCUGAACAUUGCCGAAAGCUGGCGUGCCGGCACCCGGCUGAAUGUAGACAUGCAUAGCAUGGUGAAGCUGCUUCGGCGGCUCCUCGUAGUUGCAGCCGUGACCCACCAUGUGGAUGCGAUAACGUUCAAGACGGCCGCAAGGGGUCCGGUGCAGAAGGUCCGGGAGCUCUUGCAGGCCAUGAGGCAAGAGAUGGCCGAGGAUGCCGAGCGCGACGAAGCCGUGCAUGAGAAGCAGGCCUGCUGGUGCAACUCGAACAUCUAUGCCAAGCAGUCUGCAGUCUCGACCAACCAAAACCAAAUUGCAGCCCUGACCAGCAGCAACAACAGGCUGACAGCAGACACGGCCCGCUGGACAUCGGAGUCUGAGCAGAUGACGAAGGACAUAUCAGAUGCCGAGGCGGAUAUGGUAUCUGCAAAAGAGCUGCGCCAGGGCCAGCAGCAGGCCUUUGAAAAGGAAGAGGCCCGCCUUGUGGGCCUAGUCAGUGAGAUCGACGAGGCUUUCAAGCAGGUCGAAUCGAACAACGAAGCAGCCGGAAGCUUGCUAGCAAAAUACCAGAAGGCUUUCCGCACCAACAUGGGCACAGACGUGGGGAGUUCCCUCCACUUGAAGAACUUCCUGAACAUGAACCUUUCAACUGGCAGAUCUUUCUUGCAGCGUGAGCCCCUGAAGGCCGAGGGUGUUGAAGCUGUCCUGAACGGCAUCAAAAACGACACCACCGCUACUCUGACCGCAGCGCGCGGUCAGGAGACUCGACGUAUCCAGUCCCAUACAAAGCUGCUACAAGACAAGGCGACCCAGGUCAAGGCGCUGGAGCAGCAAAAGCAAGACAGGCGAAAAGCAACGGCGGACGCAGCUGAGACCAAGGCGAGCAACAAGGACAUCAUUGCCAAUCUCGAAGUCCAGAUUGCGGAAGAUUCCGCGUUUCUGGUCGACGUGAAGUCAAGAUGCCAGGCGAUGGAUCAGGAGUGGGCGCAGCGUCAAGCGACGCGAGGAGAGGAAGUGGGAGCGAUCGCCAAAGCAAUGGAAAUACUGAAAGAAGAGGCUGUCAAAGAAGCCUUGUUACAGGAGCCAGCAACCAAGCAAAGUGCAAGUUUUUGGGGUCACUUCAACGCCGGCUCCUUCCUGCAGGAACAGGCUGUGUCGCACGAGCGCAGGAAGCUUUCCGAGGCUCUUUUGAAGGUCGGUCAGCGGCAUGACCUGCGUCUUGUCACGCUGGCCUUCCGAGCCAAGAUCGAUAAUUUUGCGACUGUCAAGAAGGCCAUCGAAAACAUGACAAUAGCCCUAGAAAAGGAGCAGCAGAAUGAGGUCAAGCAUCGGCAAUACUGUGCCGAUCAACUGGACGAUAAUGAGCUUGACGCCAAGGAGAAAAAUGCUGCAAAGCAACAGCAGAGCGCUGAUGAGAUGGGGUUGCAGGCCGAGAUCGCGGCCGCCACUAAUGAAGCAGCGAUUCUGCAGAGUGAGGUAGAUGAGUUGCUUGCUCAAGCAAAGCUGGCGAGCCAAAAUCGGGAGAAGGAGAAUGGGGAGUUUCAAUCUCUGAUUCUCGAGCAGCGCGAGAAGAAGAGAGCACUCGAGCAGGCAUUGGCAGUUCUCAAGGAUACAUACUCUUCAGAGGAUGCAUCCAUGCUUCAGCUGGACCAGUCGGAAUCACCGGCAGGCUUUGGCGCCUACGAGCAUGCAUCCGGAGGCAAAGGUGUUCUCACAACGAUCCAACAGGUGAUUGCGGACACGGAGGCACUGUCCGCCGAAGCUGCCCAAGCAGAAACCGCUGCUCAACAGAACUACGAGGCAUUUGCAGCUGAAACCGCGGAUGCCGUGAAGCUCAAGCGGGAAGGUAUUCGGAAGUUGAAUGACAAGCACGCGAAGCAGGAGGUGCAGUUGGCGGAGACUGCUGAAGCAAAGCGCCUGACCGUGGUGGAGAUUGCGCAGCUGCUGGAAGCGAAGGAGCAGCUUCAUGAAAGUUGCGACUUUCUGCUCCGCCAAUUCGAGGUAAGUCAAAAGGCACGGGCUGAGGAGCUCCAGGCCCUGGAGCGAGCGCGGGACGUUCUGUCUGGUGCCCUAAAGGGCUAA